AUGGAAGCAACUAAGAAAUUUACUUUACGCGUUUUGAAAGCCGAGUGGCGAGGGCUCAGGCCAUACUCGACGCAGCUCCCGGCCUUACUAAGCGACAUUAACCUGUUGGAUCUUACUAGGGUGAUCGCCGGGCCAUACUGCACGCAGACCAUCGCCGAUUUGGGCGCCAAUGUAAUCAAAAUUGAGAGCCUCGAAGGAGACGAGGCUCGCAAGUGGGGUCCUCCUUUCAUCGAUAACACCACGGAGUCUUAUUAUUUCACUUCAGUGAAUAGGAAUAAAAAAAGCAUUUGUGUGGAUUUCAAGAAGCCGGAAGGAAAGCAAAUAAUUUAUGAUUUAGCAAAAAAAUGCGACGUUCUCGUUGAAAACUACAUACCAGGCAAGCUAGAUCAGUGGGAAGUCGGGUACGAAAAGCUGAGUCGUAUUAAUCAUCGGCUCAUUUACUGCGCCAUCACCGGCUUCGGCCAUGUCGGGCCGUAUGCUCAGAAACCGGGUUACGACGUGAUAGCAGCAGCGAUGGGCGGCCUCCUUGGCAUAACUGGAGAAAGAAAUGGCAGACCUGUAAAAGUAGGAGUGGCGAUGACUGACCUCGCGACGGGUCUUCAUGCGUUCGGCGCUAUCAUGACCGCGCUGCACUACCGCAACAAGACCGGCAAGGGACAGAAGAUAGACUGCAACCUGCUGUCGACGCAAAUCGCAUGCAUGAUCAAUGUCAGUAACAUUUACCUCAACUGCGGCAUCGAGGGGCAGAAGUGGGGCACUGCUCAUGCAAACAUUGUACCAUACCAAGCGUUCCCCACCAGUGACGGGGAAAUCGUCAUCGGGGCUAAUUCUAACCCGCAAUUUCGAGAUCUGUGCAAGCUCAUUGGCAGAGAAGAGAUGAUUACCGAUCACAGAUUUAAAGACAACGCUGACCGUGUUCAGAACAGAGAAUUAUUGAUACAAAAUAUUAGUGAGGCUACUAAAAAGAAAACUAAGAAAGAAUGGUGGGAAAUUUUCAAGCAGUCUGCGUUCGCGGUAGGUCCGGUAAACACUAUUAAAGAAGUAUUUGAGGACGAGCAUGUAAAGGCAAUAGGAACGGUAAAAGAGCUGCCACAUCCAGUGAUCGGCAGCAUUAAAACGACUGCCCCUCCCACCGUGUAUAGCGAGGGAGGGAACUUCGCCAGAACCGCUCCGCCGCUUCUUGGCGAACACACUAAAGAAAUACUCACCGAUUUCUUAGGUUACAAUGAAACGCAAAUAGAGAGUUUAUAUGAUGGUAAAGUAGUGCGGUAGUUAAAGCCAGUCUCGAAAGUAUAUAUAGGUACAUGUAUAGACGCAAAUACAUAUUAUGUAUAUACUAAUUCGUGAUAAUCUUAUCAUGCCGAGAAUAUCUCAACAAAUCUGUUACAUUAUCUCUAAAUAACAUGUGAGUAUUUUCUCAAUUGUCGUAGGUUCCCGGAUGGAACUAAUAAUCAUCAAUGUACGUCAACGUCAAUGUACAGUCAACAGCACACUUUGUUCGAAUCGCAUCCAGUGUAUCUUGAUGUGCGGCUGUCUGUACAUACUUUUUCAUUGUAUCAUUUUUGCACCCUACAAACAAGUACCCACUUACGGUCAUAAAUAUUUCGUUUUAUUUAAAAAAAAACUAUUUUAUUCCGGUGUUUUUGAACGCCAAAUGUUCCCAAAAAGUAAGAAAAGAUCAAAAUAACGUUAAUACCUCCGUCGAACAUGAAAGUUACUAAUGAAUAUUUCAUUAGCUUACUUUUAUUGCCCAUCUACUUUGUUCCCGGACAAUGCUGUUCAAAGAAUAAACAUAUUAUAGAAGCCUCUGCGAUAAAUUGAUCUGAGAUGCUGCUGCUAAAGCAGCUAACGUUCUGUUUCGUAAAAUCAUAGAGCACAACAUUAAGUUUACUAAGUAAGAAGAUGCUCCGUGCGCUGCAUGCAAGUACCCGCUCCCCCAGGAGCGAGGCAGGGAGGAGUCGAAUAGCAGUAAUAAUCCCCCAGCGAGUGUUAAGUCUUAUUUAGGCACCACUCGAACCUUAUGAAACGAAAAUGCAAAUCGAAUUUCGAAUCGACUACUCGGAUUUCCAUUUUGUUGCCAUUUUCAAUUCCGCUCGAGUGCAACCGCGGAUUUUCCGUUAUAGCCAACUUUCCAAUGAUUUAGUUGCAAAUUUAAUUAAGAACACUUCAAUUUAUUACAGUGCGCUUUUGGUUUUCAAUUACAUGU